CGCUCCGCGUGCGCCGUCGGCCUCGCCUUUCUAGGGCUCCGCCGCCGGUCAUGGAGCCGGCGGGAGGCUCCGCCGAUCGCCGGGGUGCCGGGCCCGGCGCCUCCGCCGGUCCCGCGGCUUCUGGCUUCCGCCGGUACGGCCUCAAUUUCUCCGCCUCCAGCCUGCUCCAGGCCCCGCUCGCCGCGCUCCUCGAGUACUCAGGCGUCGUGCCCGCCGGCCCCGGCCCACAGACGCCGCAGCAGGCGCUCCCUUCCUCCUCCUCCUCUGACGCUGACGGCCUACUUUCCGCCGCCGCGGCCGGGGACGGAGAGGUCUCGAUUCGGAUCCAGGGCGACCCGGACGCGCCGGCCGCCACGGCGGCAGGGGCCCCGCCGCAGGACUCGAUUGAGGCCACCGCCGCCUCCGACGUUGACCCGGCCUCCGUGGCGGGACGGGGAGCCGCUGCCGACGCGGAGGCAAGCGGCGGCGGCAGCGGCAGUGGCGGAGCGACGGGGAAUGGGGCCGGGGACCGCGCGUACCAGCGGUACGACGUGCACCACGUCGCUCGGUGGAUCGAGCAGAUACUGCCGUUCUCGCUGCUCUUGCUCGUCGUCUUCAUACGCCAGCAUCUCCAAGGUUUCUUUGUCACGAUUUGGAUUGCUGCUGUAAUGUUCAAGUCAAAUGAUAUAUUGAAGAAGCAAACAGCUUUGAAGGGUGAGAGAAAAGUUGCUAUGCUGGUUGGAAUCACCGUAAUUUUCGUGAUCCAUGUGUUUGGCAUAUAUUGGUGGUAUAGGAACGAUGAUCUUCUUAGACCUCUGUUCAUGCUUCCUCCAAAAGAUAUACCACCAUUCUGGCAUGCAAUUUUUAUCAUCAUGGUCAAUGAUACAAUGGUCCGCCAGGCAGCAAUGACCGUCAAGUGCAUGCUACUUAUGUACUACAAGAAUAGCAGAGGUCGUAACUACCGUAGGCAGGGACAAAUGCUAACGCUUGUGGAGUACCUUCUGCUUCUGUAUCGAGCUUUAUUACCAACUCCUGUUUGGUACCGGUUCUUUCUGAACAAGGAAUAUGGAAGUCUGUUCUCAUCUUUAACCACUGGUCUUUACCUGACAUUCAAGUUGACGUCCGUAGUUGAGAAGGUUCAAUCAUUCUUAUCUGCAGUGAAGGCAUUGUCGCGUAAAGAUGUGCAUUAUGGGUCUUAUGCGACAUCAGAACAGGCAGUCGCUGCUGGUGACAUGUGUGCCAUUUGCCAGGAGAAGAUGCAUGUUCCUGUUCUCCUUCGCUGUAAACAUAUUUUCUGUGAGGAUUGUGUCUCUGAAUGGUUUGAGCGAGAACGAACUUGCCCCUUGUGUAGAGCACUGGUAAAGCCUGCUGACAUUCGGUCAUUUGGCGAUGGUUCUACAAGUCUGUUCUUCCAGUUGUUUUAGACUCCAAAAUGGAAAACCCUAACUAACAAUCAAUCACAAGCAAUUGGUUAUAAAGAGUCCAAGUAGAAGUCCUUUGUUCUUCAUCAUGCACACCAUCUUCUCCAUAUGUACCGAGGAUAAUGUGAGAAUGUUCCUGAAAAUCAUCUGACCGCAACCAUUCUGUUCAUCCAUAUGUUCAAGCGAUAGUUAGAGAGCUGGUCAGUUCUGACAUCAGCAGAAGUUCCCAAAAGGAGUAGGAGUUACUGGUCCAGAGUAUUGCUGGAGGAAUCUACUUCUGCGGACCCUGAAGGGCUUGACCACAUUCUGCUAUUGGCAUGCUCGAUGUAAAAUUGGUAAUUCUUUUAAAGAAGUGAUGUGUCCCUUGUAUAAUUGGAGCCUGCAAGUUUUGCUUGCCAGCAGGAAUUAUGUUCGGGAAAGUGAUAGGAAUGUAACAUGUAAAGCUGUGAUACAUCAAAAUGUUGAAAACCAUAUAAAUUGUACUCAUUACAAACAGUAAAUAUUACAAAGACCACAAUGUUGACACA